ACGGCAUUACAAUCUUGCCUUACUUAGUUCUCAUACUUGAAACACAAGUAAGCGAAGCAGAGAAGCUGUAGAAAAAAUAGUUAAAAGUUAUUGAUAUAUGACGUAAUUACCUUUUUUUAACUGGUGUUUAUAUAGAAAAACGACUGAAGACCUACUUUACACUUCGGAGAUAUAAAAAAAACAACAGGAUAAGCGAGUCAGCAGUGAAGGAUUUAUAUUAGUGAUGGCGAUCAUGUAAGGGAUACGAUCAGUAUGCAAGAGGAUGACCGUAACGCUAGGGAUGUAUAUUAUUGGUGCUAUCGAUAAUGGCCGCCCUUGGCAAAUGCAAACUGAACAGAACCUACAGCCAAGACGUGAACCACGACCCCCCUCCUUCGUACAGGUGGUCGUGGAGAAGGUCGUUCUUGAGGAGACACCCGUCCUGCAGAACAACAGACAAUCGGCUGAUUUCCCGCAACAGACAGGAAGAACGCGGAACUCUCAACCAAGCCACAGACUCCCAAGAUGGCGAAGUUAGUGAAACUCUUUCAUCUUAUUCCGUUUCCACGAUCCGUGUGACAAGUUCUCCACGGAAUAACAUGUCUGACAUAUCUAUCCCUAUGUCUGGCACUCCUGCAGAAGGAGAAAGAUACGCAGAGGAGGGUCGUUUAAGCGUAAACACACUCAUACACGCUCAUUCAUUUUCGUCCGUGGUCGACCCGCCAUGUUACGAAGUGGCUGUCGCUAACAUGGACGAAAGGACGCUCAGGAAACUAAAAUCAGAGGUGGAUUUGCGUACAUUGUCUCGCGUCGUGGAGUUUGCAGGGGGAGUGAAAUGACUUGGGGAGUCGUAGAGAAGGUUUGGGAUUAUAUUGCUCUGGAAUUGUAGAGUUAGAAUGGAGAAAGGAAGACGUAAUGAUGAAAAAAGGUGGGUGCGAGAGAAGGUAGUCAUGGUGGCGAAGUUAGGUUCUUAUCAGUCGCGCAUUUUCGACACUUUUUUGUUAAUUAUUUAAUGUGAUGCAACUAUGAGUAUUAUAUAUCAUACCGUGCAAUCGUCAGCUGUUCUCUCUUAUUAUGCAACUUAUCUCUCUUAAUAUGUAAUUGUCAGCUGUUAUUUCUCUCAUUACGUGUGUUGCAUCAUGACAAGAAGAGUAAAAUCGACGAUCGAAUGAUUUCUCACACCUCAGUGCAUCUUAUUAUUAUUAUUAAAAUACUUUAUACAUGAGGAUUAUUUCUGACAGUUGUAGUUUUACGAAACUCUGUUGUGCUUUGUGUUAUUCCUGUUUUUUAAUAAAAAUGUGAAGAAUU